AUGCGAUGCUCCAGCCGCCUUUUUCUUCUCGCCGCCUUGCUCCUCCUUCGCCACCAAUCCUCAGCCGCCGGCCUCCACCAAGCCGCCCACCAUGGCACGACGUCACACGCCUCUCUAUGGGGUCAACGUAGAUACGAGGACCAGGUCGUCCUCCGCUUCAAUGUCUCGACCGUUGAGCACGAAGCUGCUCUCCGCAAAGCCGUUGACCAGAUGCUUCUGGACGUAUGGGACUUCACCAUCAACUAUACCGACAUUCGACUUCCCAACAGACGCAUUCGCCCCUUUUUAAGUCUUCUUCCAGAGCCACUGAGGACCGAGCAUUCGAUCCUCAUCCACGAUGUUGCCCGUGCUGUCGCCGCAACAUACCCGUCCACCUACAAGGGUGACACUGAGUUUGAGAGUGCCAUGAGGGAGCGCGGUAUCACACCGAAGACUGUACAGUGGAAGUCGGGCCGUAGGAGGCAUGACGUUGACGAUCUGUUCUUCAAGGACUAUCAACGCCUUGCCGUUAUCUCUACGUGGAUGUCACUGAUGGACAACAUGUUCAGAGGCCGUGGCCUUGUCCAAAUGUUCAACGUCGGUCAGUCGUACGAGGGCAAAGCUAUUCCAGCGCUGCGUGUCGGUAUGCGCCCCGCAAAGCCUACAAAAGAGCCUCGGAAGACCAUCCUUAUUACUGGCGGCUUGCACGCCCGUGAGUGGAUUGGUGUCAGCUCAGUCAACUUUCUGGCCUGGUCCUUUAUUUCCGCGUACGGUGAUGACGACUUGGCCACCAAGAUCCUUCAUGAGUUCGACUUUGUAUUCGUGCCCGUCCUCAAUCCGGAUGGCUACGAGUACACAUGGAACGUUGACCGUCUAUGGCGAAAGUCUAGACAGCGAACAAGCAUGCACUAUUGUCCCGGUUUUGACCUAGAUCAUGCCUUUGGCUAUCAAUGGGAUGGUUCGGAGCACCAGAGCGAUCCCUGUUCCGAGAGCUACGGCGGUGACGAGCCCUUCCAGGCCAUCGAGGCAUCACAGUUGGCUCAAUGGGCCCUCAAUGAGACAACACAGAACAACGUCAAUUUUGUUGCCUACGUUGACCUCCACUCAUACUCUCAGCAGAUUCUCUGGCCGUAUGCCUACUCAUGCUCGGCCAGUGUUCCCAACCUUGAGAACAUGCAGGAAGUUGCCAUGAGCAUAGCCAAGUACAUGAGACUUGUUUCCGGCGAGCACUACACCGUUAGCUCCGCUUGUGAAGGAGCCGUUACGAGCGAUUCCAGCGUACGCCGCCUCGAAGCCAGCGGAGGUUCAUCAAUAGAUUACUUCUUCCACGACCUUGGGGCCAAGUACAGCUACCAGAUCAAGCUUAGGGACACUGGCAGCUACGGAUUUCUCCUACCAAAUGACGGUAUAGUGCCAACGGGGGAGGAGGUUUUCAGUGCAAUGAAGGGUUUUGGCGAUUACCUAUUGGGAAAUAACGGAAUCGAGCGAUCCUACCCGGCAGCCAUCACUCCUGGACAAGAGGAACAACACGUGAUGCAGCAGACAUGGAAGGCAUGA